CUUCCUCACACACACACACACACACAUAAACUACAAUCUACCCAUCAAAACCAAGAAAUUAACACUGAUACAUUAUCAUCUCAUCCUCAGAUCCUAUUCAAACGUUUUUCCAAUUGUUUCAGUGAUGUCACUUAUAGCAAAAAGAUCUAGGCCAGAAUCAGAUAUUGCAUUUAGUUGUCAUGUCACUUUAGUCUCCUUCAAUUUGGAAUAGUUCCUCAGUCUUUCCUUGAUUUUCAUGACCUUGACACUUAAAGAUUAUGAGCCAGUUAUUUUGAAGAAUGUUCCUUAACUUGGUUUGUUUAAUAUCUACUCUUGAAUAGACUCAGGAUAUGUACCUUUGGUUGCAAUACACAGAAGUGUUGCUGUGUUCUUCUCAUUGCAUCCUAUCAAGGGGCAUAGAUUUCAAUUUGUCCCAUUACUGGUGUUAACUUUAAUCACUUAAGAUGGUGUCUGCAAGUCUUCUCCACUGUAAAGUUAAUUUUUUCCUUUUUUAAUUAAUAAGUGUUUUGUGGGGAGGUACCUUGAAACCAUGUAAAUAUCCCAUAUCUCAUCAAAAUUUCAAUCUAUUCAUUUUUUUAUAUAAACAUGGACUCAUGAAUUCCUACUUUAUUCAAUGGGUUAUAAUCCAUUACUUUCAUUAUUUAUUUGGGUUCUCAAAUUGUCCCAGCUUUGGCCAGUGGGAGUCCUUUCAAUCUGGGCUGUGUCUUUUCGGCAUAUUCCUCUAAUUUUCCGAGUACUUCCUCAAUUUCUGACAGAUUGUCUUGUAUUUUCCAAGCACCAGCCUGAAAUCACCCAUUCUCCAGGAAGCUCUGGUUUCUUUUAAUGGAGAACAAUAUUUGGAAACCAAGAUCUAGAUACCCUCAUGUGGAUGCCCUUCUCAGCUUAUUUGGGCUGUGACACUCUGCUCUGACCACCAUGGACACUCUACACUACGCCUCAGAAGAUCUUGCUUGGUCCCACAUAAUACCUUUGAACCAAAUUUUUUCAGGAGGGAAAGAGGAAGAGGAAAAGCUAAUCUCUUUUUUUUUUUUUUUAAAUUUAGAGUUCCCCAGACUUCAGUCAUUCAAACAAUACCUUCACAACUUGACCAGCUGUACUAUCAUGUACUUAAUAUUUUUGUUUCAAAUGAUUUUGUUUUUCUUCCAAUCAUUUUGUUCAUCCUAAGCAAUAAUAUCUGAAAUCAUGGAUUUGAUGGGCUACUUAUGUUUCUUUUUAAUACCCAUUACAAUCAAGAACAAAAUAAUAAAAUGAGAGAAGUUUAUCCAACUACUCCCUAAGAUUACCUCAGAAACAACAAGUGGCACAUUUGCCACUCUUUGGGGAACACUUGCUUUAUUGGAUUCCUGCACCUGCAGCCUCCUGCACUUUUUUAGUGAUACUCCACUGAUAUAUCCUGUGUCUCUCCCCAGGCAGGAGCCAUACUUCAGGACACAGUAAAAUCUCUCAGCCAAACCUGGUGUGCUCAGGAUUCUAGUUUAGCUUAUGAGAGAGCCUUUCUGGCAGUAUCAGUGAAACUUCUGGAAUAUGUGGCCCACCUGGCCCCUGAAAGGGCAAGACAGGUGGCUAUCCCCAUGACAAAUAUGAUCAAUGGGAACAGCGCCGUCCGGGAGUUCAUCCAGGGCCAGGGAGGUUGGCAUGGACCAAAGAGAAAUUCUGCAGAAGUUCCUGGAUGAGGCCCAAAACAAGAAAAGUAACAAAGAGGAGUUUGCCAAUGAAUUUCUGAAGCUGAAAAAACAAUCUACCAAGUACAAGGCAGAAAAAACCUAUCCCACAACUGUGGCUGAGAGGCCCGAGAAUAUCAAGAAAAACAGAUAUAAGGAUAUCCUGCCCUAUGAUCACAGCCGAGUAGAGCUGUCCCUGAUAACAUCUGAUGAGGAUUCCAGCUACAUCAAUGCCAACUUCAUUAAGGGAGUUUAUGGACCCAAGGCUUAUAUUGCCACCCAGGGGCCCUUGUCUACAACUGUCCUGGACUUCUGGAGGAUGAUUUGGGAGUACAGUGUCCUGAUCAUUGUUAUGGCAUGCAUGGAGUUUGAAAUGGGGAAGAAAAAGUGUGAGCGCUACUGGGCUGAGCCAGGAGAGAUGCAAAUCCAACUUGGCCCUUUCUCCAUAUCCUGUGAAGCUGAAAAUAGAAAAUCUGAUUACCUAAUCAGGAUUCUAAAAGCCAAGUUCAACAGUGAAACUCGAACUAUCUACCAGUUUCAUUACAAGAAUUGGCCAGACCAUGAUGUGCCUUCAUCUAUAGACCCUAUUCUUGAGCUCAUCUGGGACGUGCGUUUUUACCAAGGGGACAACAGUGUUCCCAUAUGCAUUCACUGCAGUGCCGGUUGUGGAAGGACUGGUGUUAUCUGUGCUAUUGAUUAUACAUGGAUGUUGCUAAAAGAUGGGAUAAUUCCUGAGAACUUCAGUGUUUUUAGUUUGAUCCAGGAAAUGCGAACACAGAGGACUUCGUUAGUUCAAACUAAGGAACAGUAUGAACUGGUCUACAAUGCUGUAUUAGAACUAUUUAAGAGACAGAUGGAUGUUAUCAGAGAUAACCACUCUGGAACAGAGAUUCAAGCAAAGUAUUCACUUCCUGAGCAAAAUCCCACUCUAGGAGCAGACUCUUGUUCUCCUAAUUUAUCAAAAGGCAGCAUAAAUGAAGCAAAAAUAAAGAAUCAACAGAGCAAACAAAGGAUAAGGGGGGAAAGUGCAGAAACUUCUUCCUUUGACCUCAGGACUUCUGAAAUAAGUGAAAAGGGUGCAUUAGUUUUGCACCCUGCUAAACAGUGCAGUUCUUUUGACUUUCUGGAGCUAAACUGUGGUUAUAACAAAAAUGCUGACACAACUACGAAAUGGGAGACAAAGGCAUUUCCAAUAGCUGGGGAGCCUCUUCAAAAGCACCAAAGUUUAGACUUGAGCACCAUUUUGCUUGGAACAUGUCCUAAUUCUAAACCAGUAAAUGUAGCAGGAAGAUAUUUUAAUUCAAAGAGGCCAAUAAUGCGGACCAAAUCAACUCCCUUUGAAUUGAUACAACAGAGAGACACCAAAGAGUUGGACAUCAAGGGAAGUUUUUCUCAUUUGGAAUCUCAGCAGCAUAAUUCUUCUCUUGAGCAGGCUCAAAAAGAGAUGCAUGUUUCUUCAGCAGAAGUGAAUUAUUCACUACCAUAUGACUCUAAGAAGCAAAUGCGUAAUGCCUCUACCACAAAGCAGCAUGACUCUAGUGCUUCUAAUGUAUAUUCUUACAUGUCUUUAGUAGAAGAUCCUUAUUUUUCAUCACUGUCUCCAAGUAGUGCUGGAUCUAAGAUAUCUCUUGAUUUACCUAAGAAGCAAGAUGGAACUGUUUUACCUUGUUCUUCAUUGCCAACAUCCUCUACAACCCUCUUUACUUACCACAAUUCACAUAAUUCUUUAGCUCUGAAUCCUCCAACCAAUUCCUCCUCCUCACUGAACCAAGACACAGCAGCAGUAGCAACUCCUCUAAGGAUAGAUGAUGAAAUCCCCCCUCCACUUCCUGAACGGACACCUGAAUCUUUUAUUGUGGUAGAGGAAGCUGGAGAAUUCCUACCGAGUGUUCCCAAAUCCCUAUCUCCAACUGUAAAGGUAAAAAUUGGAACAUCAUUAGAAUGGAGUGGAACAUCUGAAUCAAAGAAAGUUGAUGACUCUGUGAGACUUAGACCAACCAAGAGUGUAAAACUCCGGAGUCCAAAAUCAGAUCUGCAUCAAGAUCGUUCUUCUUCCCCUCCACCUCCACUCCCAGAAAGAACCCCUGAGUCCUUCUUCCUUGCUGAUGAAGAUUGUAUGCAGGCUCAAUCUAUAGAGACUUAUUCUACUAGCUGUCCUAACACCAUGGAAAAUUCAGCAUCAUCAAAACAGACAUUGAAGACUCCUGGAAAAAGUUUCACAAGAAGUAAGAGUUUGAAAAUUUUGCGAAACGUGAAAAAGAGUAUCUGUAAUUCUUCCCCACCAAACAAGCCUGCAGACUCUGUUCAGUCUAAUAACUCCAGGUCCUUUUUGAAUCUUGGUUUUGCAAAUCGUUUUUCAAAACCCAAAGGACCAAGAAACCCACCACCAACGUGGAAUAUUUAACACAACUUUGGAAUAUAGGCUGCAAGUGCAUCUGUAAAUAAAACUAAUAGAAUAUUGCUAGCUAAAAUAAGUACUCUAUAUUCAUAACUUCAACAAUGAAGAUAUGGUAACGAGGUUUUAAAAGAAAAGCAAUAUACAAAUGUGUCAGAAGUUUUACAUUUUCAUUGGGUUGGAAACCCCAAAUAAAAGUCUGUCACUUGAGCUUACGUAGGGAAUGUUGUAUGAGAAACUGUUUUAGGAUGGAUUUAUUUUUCAUUUUUGGAAGUUAUUUUUCUUCUACUUUUCUACAUAAAAUUUAAAAGAUUUAUAAGAAUUGGAUCUCAAAUGUUUACAUUGCCAGAAUUUACUAUAAAAAGUGUUUUAAAAAAAUCUUACCUUGUAGUUGCAGCACAAAAUUACUGCUUGUGACAAUGACUCUUCGCUGGGAGUUAUUUUUGCCUAAAUGGAGUAUACCUUGCACAUCUUCCCAAAUGUUGUGGGAAACUAGAGUCGUAAGAAGUUAUAUUUAAGAAAAUAAAAUAUGCAACCAAUGACAAUCAUUAUUUUAUUUGGAUAUACCAAGUAACAAGAUGUGCAACUACAUUUCUGAUUAAGUUUUAACCAAAAUCAUUCAAUUACCAAAUCUGGAAGAAUAAGCGACAAAAUAGCUAUCUGGCAGCAUUUUCGUCAUUUCGAAGGUCAUUUAUAAAAACGUACAACAUAUAUAUUCAAUCAAUCAGAGGCACUACUAGUUUAAGAAAAUUUCUAUAUGAAUAUAGAUCUGCCUUAAGAAAAUCUGAUCUUUCAAAUCUAAUUUUAUGUAACAAAUAAGUUAGUGGGUAAUUAUUAUUACAAAGGAUUCCCUUGAGUUCUCCUAAUGAUUUAACUUUUUAAUUAAAAAAAAAGUUUGUAACUUGUAGAAACAUGAAAUACUUAAAACAGCAUUGUACUUCAAUAUUUUUCAUUAGGCCUAAUGACAGCGCAAAUUGGGUGAAAUAUUAUUACCUGUUUAUUGUAGUACAAUGUACACAGCAGGUGCUCAAUAAACCUUUCUGUUUUUAAGCUAAGUUUACUGUAGUGUUGAUUAAGCUGAAUACUUCUCCAAGCACUAGUGGAAUCAAACCCCAGUAAUUUUACUUGAGUACUUCAUUGUAACCAAAUUACUUCCAAAUAUCUUUUUCAAGGACCAAAUAUGUUAAAAGACUCUUAGGUAAAACCUGAAGUGACGAUGAAAUUGUAAAUGAAUUUCAGAGCAGCAACCUUGGUGAACAGGGACGAUUUUUGGAGUGUUCUCUGGCAGACACAUUUUUCAAAUUUAUGCAAGCUUAUACUUAGGAUUUGAAAAAAUUUUAUUUUAAAACAUGGUUUUCCACCUAGAAUCUUUUCCCCUAACUGUAGGGACGUAUUCAAAGU